CAGCUGGGGACCUGACACACAGCCCAGGCAUAUGCCCUGACUGGGAACCCAACUGGUGACCUCUCACCUUGUGGGACGAUGCUCAACCAACUGAGCCAUGCCAGUCAGGGCAGGGUGUGUAUUUUCAUGAAGGUUUUCUCCUUGAUCCAGUCUCUGCAAUAGUAUCAUGCCCUUAUCUUAGCAUCUCCCUAGCCCUUCCCACCACCUGCUCAUGUUCUUUGCCAGCCUGAUAGAAGCUACAGUCCUUUCCACAUGUGGCCGAACAGUGCAGAAGUCCCUGUUUAUGUUUGGGUGGAGGUGAGUGGGUAGGAUUACCUGGGUAUAGACAAUGAGAAGACAUUCAGGCUGGCUAAGGCUGUGAACCUGAUGCUGGGACUCUGGUCUUUUCUGUGGGGCAGGUUUGCAUUUUUUUUAAGCUGGUAAGAACACAGCAAAAACUCUAUCUCAAGCAAAAUCCACGCUGUGGAUAAACCCCGUGCCAGCCUACCAUGGGCAUGAAGCCAGGCUGUAGUAAACACAGGUGUGAAGGAAACAUUUGCCAUGGAAGCCAAGGAGCUGGAGAGCCAGGCGUCUGCAUAUCAUUUCAUUCCUGAGGCCGGCCAGCCCAGGGAGGAAGAUGACAACAUGCCACCUCAAGGGACCACAGAAACUAUGCAGCUGAAGAAGGAGAUCUCUCUGCUGAAUGGCAUCAGCUUGGUGGUGGGCAAUAUGAUCGGCUCAGGAAUCUUUGUUUCACCCAAGGGUGUUCUGGCAUACACGACUUCCUAUGGGUUGUCACUGGUCAUAUGGGCCAUUGGUGGGCUUUUCUCCGUUGUGGGUGCCCUUUGCUAUGCAGAACUGGGGACCACCAUCACCAAGUCUGGGGCCAGCUAUGCCUAUAUUCUAGAGGCUUUUGGGGGCUUCAUUGCCUUCAUUCGUCUGUGGGCCUCCCUGUUAAUUGUUGAGCCCACCAGUCAGGCCAUCAUCGCCAUCACCUUCGCCAACUACAUCAUCCAGCCCUCCUUUCCUACCUGUGAUCCCCCGUACCUGGCCUGCCGUCUCCUCGCUGCUGCUUGCAUAUGUCUGCUGACAUUUGUGAACUGUGCCUAUGUCAAAUGGGGCACACGUGUACAGGAUACGUUCACUUACGCUAAGGUCCUAGCGCUCAUUGCCAUCAUCAUCAUGGGCCUGGUGAAACUGUGCCAGGGACACUCUGAGCACUUUCAGGACGCCUUUGAGGGUUCCUCCUGGGACAUGGGAAAAAUCUCUCUCGCCCUCUACUCUGCCCUCUUCUCUUACUCAGGUUGGGAUACCCUUAAUUUUGUAACAGAAGAAAUCAAAAACCCAGAAAGAAAUUUGCCCCUGGCCAUUGGGAUUUCUCUGCCCAUUGUGACGCUCAUCUACAUUCUGACCAACGUGGCUUAUUACACAGUGCUGAACGUUUCCGAUGUCCUUGGCAGUGAUGCUGUGGCUGUGACAUUUGCAGACCAGACCUUUGGCGUAUUCAGCUGGACCAUUCCCAUUGCUGUUGCCGUGUCCUGCUUCGGGGGCCUCAAUGCAUCUAUCUUUGCUUCAUCAAGGUUAUUCUUCGUGGGCUCCCGCGAAGGUCACCUCCCAGACCUCCUGUCCAUGAUCCACAUUGAGCGUUUUACACCCAUCCCUGCUUUAUUGUUCAAUUGCACCAUGACACUCAUCUACCUCACCGUGGAGGAUGUUUUCCUACUCAUCAACUACUUCAGCUUCAGCUACUGGUUCUUUGUGGGCCUGUCUGUGGCUGGACAGCUCUACCUUCGCUGGAAGGAGCCCAACCGGCCCAGGCCUCUCAAGCUGAGCCUGUUUUUUCCCAUCGUGUUCUGCAUAUGCUCCUUGUUUCUGGUGAUUGUGCCCCUUUUUAGUGACACCAUCAAUUCACUCAUUGGCAUUGGGAUCGCCCUCUCCGGAGUCCCCAUCUACUUCCUAGGUGUUUACCUGCCAGAGUCCCGGAGGCCACGCUUUGUUCGGAACAUCCUGGCUGCUGUCACCAGAGUCACCCAGCGCAUUUGCUUUUGCGUCCUGACUGAGCUAGAUAUAGCUGAAGAGGGAAAGGUUGAGAGGAAAACUGAUUAGAGGCCAGAGAAGUCCCCUGGGGCCUGGAAGGUUGGCUACCUGUGGCCACAGCCACGGAAGUCCAGAUGACAAGACUGUGGGUCCAACCCUCUUGAACUAAAGGAGCCUGUUGGCCCAUAUUAUGUAAGGGGGCUCAGGGCUGACGGCCUCCUCAGGUGGUCGCUCUCAUUGGUAAGCUAUGGGAAGAGACUCAGAGUCGGGGCCAGCAUGAAGGUGGGGCCUCU